AUGGCAUCCCCGCCAAAAUAUAUGGAUCCGAAAGCGCAGGUCGCCUCGAAAGAAAAACCAUAUAUUAGUAUAUUCACCGAAUUAGAUAUCGAUGGCGGACCAUCACAAAGACCAUCAUCAGCUUACAUCAAGAAUCCGCGUAAUAUAUGUUUUGACGAUAUACUUGAAGUGAGGAAUUCUGAUGCUCGUCUUGAUACAAAGGUACUAAGAAUGAUAGUAAGGAAAGAUCGGGAUGUACUUGUUUGA